UGAGAACUGCUGCAUAUAGAUGAGUCAGGAGCCAGUCUAAGCUGACCCACAGACAUAAAAACCAAGGCACUGAGCACCUUCAGCUGGACCAUCUAAACUCUCGACUCAAAGGUGCAAGGGACUUGCUCACAUCAACCACCUGGCUUCUUGGGGACCAAGAAAAUGAGUGUUUGUCUCCACAUUUACCCCAGCAAUCCAUGAGAUCAGGACACUGACAGAAAGGAUGUUCAAACAUCUUCGGAAAUGGUUUGUCACUCACAUUUUUGGGCGUUCUCGGCAACGAGCGAGGCUGGUCUCCAAAGAUGGAAGGUGCAACAUCGAGUUUGGCAACGUGGAUGCACAGUCAAGGCUUAUAUUCUUUGUGGACAUCUGGACUACUGUCCUUGACCUCAAAUGGAGGUACAAAAUGACUGUGUUCAUCACAGCCUUCUUGGGGAGCUGGUUCCUCUUCGGUCUCCUGUGGUAUGUCGUAGCGUAUGUUCAUAAGGACCUCCCAGAGUUCUACCCACCUGACAAUCGCACUCCUUGUGUGGAGAACAUCAACGGCAUGACCUCAGCUUUUCUGUUUUCUCUGGAGACUCAAGUGACCAUAGGCUAUGGAUUCAGGUUUGUGACAGAACAGUGUGCCACUGCCAUUUUCCUCCUUAUCUUCCAGUCUAUUCUUGGGGUGAUCAUCAAUUCUUUCAUGUGUGGUGCCAUUUUAGCCAAGAUCUCUAGACCCAAAAAACGUGCUAAGACCAUUACAUUCAGCAAGAAUGCGGUGAUCAGCAAGCGUGGUGGGAAGCUCUGCCUCCUCAUCCGUGUGGCAAAUCUCAGGAAGAGCCUCCUCAUUGGCAGCCACAUAUAUGGCAAGCUUCUGAAGACCACCGUCACGCCUGAAGGGGAGACCAUCAUUUUGGAUCAGACCAAUAUCAACUUUGUGGUGGAUGCUGGCAACGAAAACUUGUUCUUCAUCUCCCCACUCACAAUCUACCACGUCAUUGACCACAACAGCCCUUUCUUCCACAUGGCAGCGGAAACGCUUCCCCAGCAGGACUUUGAAUUAGUUGUCUUUUUAGAUGGCACCGUGGAAUCCACCAGUGCAACCUGCCAGGUCCGCACAUCGUACGUCCCAGAGGAGGUGCUUUGGGGCUACCGCUUUGUUCCUAUAGUCUCCAAGACCAAGGAAGGGAAAUACCGAGUGGAUUUCCAUAACUUUGGUAAGACGGUGGAAGUGGAGACCCCUCACUGUGCCAUGUGCCUGUAUAAUGAGAAGGACGCCAGAGCCAGAAUGAAGAGAGGCUAUGAAAACCCUAACUUUGUCUUGUCAGAAGUUGAUGAAACAGAUGACACCCAAAUGUAGCAGUGGCUUUUUCCCACCUGCAGAAAGCCUGCCUCCCAUAAACCGAAUGGCUAGCUGUGUUCUGAGGCAACCAACAGUUGGGGCUAUGAAAUCAGAAGGAGAACCUGCAAAGUCUACCAGCACGGUCACCCUCGAACCCCAUAGCUGUGACUCUUCAAGAUGCAUGGCUCUAUAAGGCUGCAGUAGUAAGCACAUGAUGGACCCAAGUGAAUAUAACUAGGGUGCGGAAGCCAUAGGAACUCACCAGGAAUCUCCACCGUGACUGUGUGAGCUCAGACAGUGUUGGUGGAAAUAAAAUCAUCCAAGUUUGCAUACAGGCAAUGGAGAUACUUCUAAGAAACUCCUGGGUGAGGUUAGGGUCUUUGGAUGGCUUCGGGAACUAGCCAUAUUUUCCUGUUUGAUUCUAUGGAUGGGAAAGAUGCCACUUUUAUCUUAAAGUGGACUUUUAUCAAUUUUGUCCCCCGAGUUGGGGAGUGAGCCAACCAGCCACUGGCAACAAGAGACUGUCAUACAAAGAAUCACUUCAGACUCUAACCUUCUCAAGCUCUGGUGUUUGAAGCCUUUGUCUGGGUCUGGGUCCAUGUUUCAGAAGGGAUAGCAUUCAGUGACUGUACCUCUCUGAGCCCAAGGCAGAGAGGAAGGAAGGCCCUGACAAGUUUUGUGACUUACACAGAUGCUGAAGCCCAUAUAGAUUGUGGCCUGAAUGGUCUCCUAUGGUACAUUACGUGGAAGCCAAGUCCAUUCUUUAGACUCUAAAUGAGCAUCCUCCUGCAAAGGAAAAUGUUUGGGUUGAAAGUGUUGGUGAGGAGACUGGAGAGGUGGCUCAGUUUGUGCAAGCAUGAAGACCUGGGUUUGGACCUCCAACAACCACAUCAAAAGCCUGACAUGGUAGCAUGGCCCCAAAUCCUAGUCCUG